ACUUACUCUUAUUCUAUUCCUUCAAUGUAAGAUUCUUCCACAAUCCUAACCACUAAGGACUGGGAUGUCAACGGGGUUCCGCGCGGCCAGGGAGUGCUUCCUCGUCCCUAUCCCCGCGAAUGGCAGGGAUGGGGAUCCUCGCGAGGAUUUUUUAAGGGGGGUAGAUUUUGUCCCCAUCCCCGUUCCUCACGGGGAUCCCCUGCAGCAAGCAGAGGGGAGUCCGGCACAGUGCAGUCUAGCAAGCAGAGGGGGUCCAGCACAGUACAGUGCAGCAAGCAGAGGGGAGUCCGGAACAGGAGCAGAUCUGCAGGCUGCAGCUAACAGCUUUGACAGCAGCUCCAGGAGCAGAUCUGUAACAGCUCCAGCAGCAUAUUUGUAGCAGCUCCAACAAUAGAUAUGUAGUAGGUUUGUAGUAGCAAGAAGGGGAGAGGAAGGUUGAAAGUGAGGUGAGACUUGAGAGCUCGAUUGUUCGGCUGAGACCAAGAGUGAGUGAGUGAGGGGUUGUGGCUGCGUGUGUGAGUGAGAAGAAAAGAAGGGGAAAUGAAUAAAGUUAGAGUUAUGAA